AAGGAAAAAGUUCUGAAAAGUACUGUUCUGCUCCGCCGCCCUUCACCGACCACCGUCCACUAAAUCUUCUUCAUAUCAGCAGAACGAAAUUCUAAGCUCAUUAUAUACGAAACGAUUUCUCAGCUCAGCUUCCCUCAGGAGAACUCGUUCGCUCAAUUAGAAAUCCCACGGCGAUUCAAGAAGGAGGAGCAUGAUCCCAGCAUUUCUCUCCUUCUCAGUUUUCUUCUUCCUCCUAUCGUCGUCGGCGAUAUUGCCGGUUUUCUCGAGGAGCACGCUCCCCUCAGAUCCCUGCGAUGCGGCGAAUCAGCCGGACCGGCGAACUCUCCGGGCGGAUCAAAUCACCGUGCUGAUCAACGGCUACUCGGAGUUCCGCAUUCCACUCCUCCAGCUGAUCGCCGCCACGUACUCCGCCUCUCCGCUGGUCUCAUCCGUCGUCGUCCUCUGGGGAAACCCGGCCACACCGGCCCAAACUCUGGCCCAAUUAGCCCACAACCUCACCCUGUCCUCCUUCGGCCCAUCUACCAUCUCCCUCCACCGCCAACAUUCAGACAGCCUGAAUUCCCGCUUCCUCCCCUUGCCCUCAAUCAACACUCGAGCCGUGCUCAUCAUCGACGACGACGUGGAGGUGGACGCCAGGUCCUUCGAGUUCGCGUUCCGGAUAUGGCAAUCGAACGCCAAACGCCUGAUCGGAUUCUUCGUCAGGUCGCACGACAUCGAUCUGUCGACGAAGAAGUGGAUCUACACCGUGCACCCGGAGAGGUACUCGAUCGUGCUGACCAAGUUCAUGAUUCUCGACCGGCGGUACUUGUUCGACUACAGCUGCAGCAGCGGGGAAGCAAUGCACCGGAUGAGGGGGAUCGUCGACGAAAUGCGCAACUGCGAGGACAUACUGAUGAACUUCGUGGUGGCUGACAGGACAAAUGCGGCUCCUUUGCUGGUGGGUGCGCAGAAGGUGAGGGACUGGGGAGAUGCUCGUAAUGAUGCGAGCAGUAUCGAUGGACGAUGGUCGUCGGGAUUGAAUGCGGGCAAGGCUCGGAGUAUGGUGAGGAAGGUGGGGUUGAGUAGUAGGGGAGUGGAGCAUAGGAAGAGGAGAGGAGAGUGCAUAACACGGUUUCAUAAAGUUCUGGGGAGAAUGCCGUUGAGGUAUGGGUAUGGGAAGUUGGUUAAUUCAGUUGGGGAGCAAGGCUUGUGCAUGAAAGGUGGUAGAUUAGUGUUCUGUGACCAGCAGUAGUUGUUGAUUGUAUCUGUUUGUGACGAAUAGCUCUGCCAAGAGAAAUGAUAUCAUGGCCAAAUUGUGCAAGCAUUUUCGUAACCAUUUGCUUCGAUCUUCCAUACACCAAGCAAAUCCAGAACUGGUUCAGACUUCAGACCUCAUCAUCAGCAUCUGAUGCUACAAUGAUUAACUCAUUUAGUGGUGAUAUUUUUGUCCCUUCAGAAUGGUCCAUGACCUGCAAAGUCAAACAACAACAUGUGAACUUUAGUUAGGCUUUAAUACACCGGGAAUGGAGAGCUGCUGCACACCGUAAUCAGAUGUUCGCCAAUCAUCCGGUGAGGUACAUAGUUAGAGUGACACAGACAAUGAACUCGAUCCUAAUUCACAUGUCACAUGUGUUUCACAGUUGAAUGACUAUCCAAAUUCAGUAAGCAUCCUCUCUCUGCACAUUUCAUUAUGAAGCAACCUAGAGCCAGACAAGUGGGGUUCCGAACAAGAGAAUCGUAAUACAAGCAAACACAUUAUUUAGCCUCACGACAUCUCUUCACUGCCAUUUUUCUGCGUGUUUCCAUGUUCAUCAAGCAACACUCACAUCCAACAAUAUGCAGGUAACUUCCAAACCAGGUCGUCUGCUUAUAAAGGCAACAGUAAUAUGGAAAUUGAAAAGUUGAAUUAGGUGACUACUAGUACUAAGCAUCCUUUCCUAUAGUCUUCCAACCAUGUUAUAUACAACAACAAAAAUGAACAUUAACACAACCU